CCCCCAUUCAUUUGCUUUGCUUUACCAAUUUUCCCCCCGGGUACCUACUCUGGGAUCUCCUCAUCUCUUCCUCCACUUCUGUCUCCAUCUCCCUGUCGAUCUCCCUUCCCUCUCUCUCCCCUCAGGCUCUUUCCCAUCCCCCCGCAUCAUGGCUGCCAGCAAUGACCUUCGGGGCUGGGUCAUGAGUGCCGUCUCUGGCGCGGCCUGCGUCCUGGGAUCGUCCGUCAUCUGCGUCGACAUAGUAUUGCGGCAGUUAACACGGCGAAAGGACUUUCAGAUAGUCCACAACAAUGCAUUCUUAUCAGCAUCGCUCUGCCUGAGUGCAGGUGUAAUGCUUUUCACGUCUCUCUAUAGCAUGCUUCCUACAUCGCAUAACUACCUCAUUCGCGCCGGCUGGUCUCCCUCUAGCUCUGCGUAUGUGCUCAUUGGACUCUUCCUCGCCGGUGUCGUCGUCAUUCGCUUCGCAUCCGCCCUGCUGCACCGGUACAUCCCCUCCCAUGUCGUCGAUUGCGCUCAUUCCCACGAACCGCAUCCGAAGCUCGAUCACCACCACGAGCCCAACGGACACCAUCAUGAUGAGUCGAACACGUGGAACGAGCGCACCCCCCUUCUGUCACGGGCCCUCAAGUGCUCCCCGGCGACCAUGACCCUCCCCGAGGCGAACGCUCGCGCCCAAGUGCAUCUCCAGCGGCGGGAAUCAUUGCGGGAUCGUCUGACGCGGCGCUUCAGCCGGAUGGUGGGCGUCAAAGCCCAGUGCGACGAGAACGGGCCUUGUUUCGGGUUUUCGCAGGCGUGUGGCCAUGAAUGUACCAAGACACUCUUGCCGACUCCCUCGAUCUCGGAUGUAGGCAGUGACCUGGUUCGUCCACCUCUCAAUCAGCCUCGCAGCAUCACCGUCCACGGAGAUGCAACCCAGCCCAGCGAUCUCGAAUCGGGUCUACCUCGCGUGCACGAGUCGCCCCACCAUCACCACCACCACCACCCUCACCACGAGACCAGUUCCUCCUCAUCGCACACGGGCCUGUUGGACGAUCAGUGCGAGCCGUCGGAAGACUCCCCUCACAAGCUUCCUGUCGCAGAGACGCCGCAACAUCACCACCACGUCCCGCAAAACGCAUUCCUGUCCAUCGGGCUCCAGACCUCCGUCGCCAUCGCCCUGCACAAGCUGCCGGAGGGCUUCAUCACGUAUGCGACCAACCACGCGAGCCCGACGUUGGGAUUGACCGUCUUCCUGGCGCUCUUCAUCCACAACAUCAGCGAGGGGUUCGCGAUGGCCCUGCCCCUCUACCUGGCCCUGCACUCGCGCGGCUGGGCCAUGUUCUGGUCCAGUCUGCUGGGCGGCAUCAGCCAACCGGCGGGCGCGGGCCUCGCCGCCCUCUGGAUCUGGGGCGCCCGGCGCGCCAACGGGGACGAUGGGACGGCCGGUCCGUCGUGGGGCGUGUACGGGGGCAUGUUCGCCGCCACCGCGGGCGUCAUGACCUCGGUGGCGCUGCAGCUGUUCAGUGAAGGGUUGACUUUGACCCAUCAUCGGGGCAUGUGCACGGGGUUCGCGAUUGGGGGGAUGGUCCUGAUGGGGCUUAGCUUCGCGCUUACGGCAUGAUAUUUCGUGCAUCGUCGGUUGGCGUUGAUUCUCGGGUAUGAUUAGGCCAGAAAAAAAACUGCAUUGUUGUUUUAUAAGGGUUACACUAGACAGAAUUACUUCAAGAGAUAGCAUUGUUCCAGCGGAGUGACUUUUUGCUUUUUGUGAUGUUGUGAAAUGAUGUGACGAAAUCGGGUUCCGGGCUGUCAUGACGGAUUGGAUUGAUUGUUUUGUGAUUGUUAUCUGUUUACCUGGGGAAUACAUAUAUAGCUUUACCGGUAGAUUCACAAUUCGCUCUCAUGUUAUCGUACAGUUUAUA